GUAACUACAACCUCAGUUGUGGCAGCUGAAGAAGAAGAAGAAGAGGGACUCCUCCGACGUCGGUGUGCCGAAGCUGCACAGCCAAAAAAAAAUCGAGACCGUGGUCGGUCCCCCACCCCCAGCCCACCCCACCCCCGGUGCCUCUCUAGUUUAUGCUUCCCGCGCGGGGUCCUGUGCCGUGCUCGGGAAAGCCUGCGCACGUUCGGUACCGCAGUUAACGCUGGCGCAGAUUGUGGACUUACCGGUCUCCGCGACUUGCCAAGCUGGAUUUAAAGCAAGACUACCCUGCGAUGUUUCCCGUUUGCCGGUGUCUGUAGAACCAGAGAAUUCAACUCGCUCUCUAGGCCUGCUACAGACCAAUAGCACUUCAGUGACCACAGAAAAAGCCAGCUAAGCAGCCUCCUAACUGCAGUUCACUAAACAGACGUCAUGUCCUCCAGGGAACGUCGGUCAGAUCUCUACAUAAAGGCAGAACCGAGCAGCCCAGAAGGUGGUGGGGGAGGUCGGACUAGCCCUUGUGGGGCCUCGUCGGACUCUUCCCAGAGUGGUGGCGGGACCAGAGGCGACAGCAAUCGGCGUUAUUCCCCACCCCUGUACACGCCGGCUCUACGCUGCCACUUCAAGGAGGAGGGCGGUGACGGGGCAGAGGAGGGCUCCACAGGUAGUGGAGGAGGGCGAUGCAAAUAUGCCCUGAGUACGUUACCCAAGAGGCUGUGUUUAGUAUGUGGGGACGUGGCAUCAGGCUACCACUAUGGUGUGGCUUCAUGCGAGGCCUGCAAAGCGUUCUUCAAGAGAACCAUCCAAGGUAACAUUGAAUAUAGCUGUCCUGCAUCAAAUGAAUGUGAGAUAACCAAAAGGCGCAGAAAGGCUUGCCAGGCAUGCCGCUUUACCAAGUGCCUCAAAGUAGGCAUGCUGAAAGAGGGAGUUCGUCUUGACAGGGUCAGAGGGGGAAGACAGAAGUACAAAAGGCGACCCGAAGUGGAGAAUGCAACGUACCAGAGCGCUCCUAUACCCCUGAGAAAGGAGGGGGAGAAAGGUUCCUCCAAUAUAAUUGUGUCCCACCUACUAGUGGCAGAGCCAGAGAAGUUGUUCGCCAUGCCUGACCCCCUGCAGCCUGACACAGCCCAGCGCACGCUCACCACCCUUUGUGAUCUUGCUGAUCGUGAGCUGGUUGUUAUCAUUGGCUGGGCCAAACACAUUCCUGGCUUCCUGUCACUGUCACUGGCAGACCAGAUGUCCGUGCUGCAGUCAGUAUGGUUGGAGGUGCUGGUGCUGGGUGUAGCAUACCGCUCCCUGAGCUUUGAGGAUGAGGUGGUGUUCGCAGAGGAUUUUGUUCUGGACGAGGAGAUGUCACGUGUCGCCGGACUGACAGAGCUAAAUGCUGCCAUUAGUCAACUUGCGCGCCGUUUCCGCACGCUCAAUGUGGACCGAGAGGAAUUUGUCAUGUUAAAAGCCAUUGCACUCACCAACUCAGACUCUGUUUACAUAGAGGACAUGGAGGCUGUGCAGAAGCUGCGUGAUCUCCUCCACCAGGCCCUGUUGGAGCUGGAGUCUCAGCGGCGCCCCGAGGACCCCCAACGAGCAGGACGCCUCCUUCUUACGUUGCCCCUCCUCCGACAGACUGCAGGCCGUGCCCUCACCACUUUCUACAGCAUCAAGACCCGCGGUGGAGUACCCAUGCACAAACUCUUCCUGGAGAUGUUGGAGGCCAUGAUGGACUCCCCCUAGAGGGAAAACGCAGAAAUAACAGCAUGGAAGCAGGGAAUAUAACUAAACAAAGAUCUCGAGUCUACGAGAGUGAAUGAGUGCUUAGUAUGAAUGGAGAGGAUUUCUUAGCGAGUUAAUAAUGGGGAGGGUAAUUGCUUUUAUAUUUAGGCUACAUGACAAGAAGAUAAGUACGUGAGGAACGUAUGUCCUCUUGUAUUCUUGUCCCGUUGUGGGAGUUGUCCAUUUAAGUCAUAACUGCCAAACUUCAGUGAAAGGCUCCAAGAUCCAGAUUCAUCCAAAUGCGGGGGAAAAUAGGAAUUGAGAGCACUGAACAUGAAUGUCAGAAUACAAUCCACUCUCUGCUAUCUUCAUGGUGUGUUCCAUUACAGCCUUUAUCUGCAGUUGCAUAACCACUGAAGAAUGACAUUGGGGGGUGUUGAAGACUGGGCUCCAACCAUGUGGCUUUUGAACUUUUUGCAAAUAAUGCAAUACUUGCUCCCAAAAGCCAUAAUGUAAUACCAGGCAAGUGGUCAUUGACAAAUCGUCCAGUAGAGUCAGAUUGACAUGCACUGAGCAGUUCUUGUAUUACUGUAGGUUAGUGUGCCUUCAAAGGCAAAAAAAAAAAAUGAUAGGAAUUACUUGCAAUAUGUUAUAAGCAAUACAAUGAAACGACUGUCGGUGUGUCGCAUUUUAAAUGUGGAUGGGCUGAGACAGCCUGUGUGUAUACAAUAGGUGAUAAUAGAGAACGCUUUAUUAAAAGGCUGUGCAAUUUGAUUUGUAUUCUAGGAAAAGCAAACGGAAAGAUUGUCUACUCAGAAAAAGACUGUACUUGGAAGUUAAGUGGCUCAGUGUUGUAUGCAAUUCCUAUAGCUACACAACAAAGUGGCUUCCAUGCAGCCAUGCAUGUACGCGUGUGUGUGUGUGUGAGUGUGUGUGUGCGUGCAAAACCAAUGAGAGUGCUCUGAGAUCAGGGAAAAACACAGCUCUUUGACAUUAAAACCAGUCUGGCUACAGCAGCGAUAAAAGGAGAAGUGGGAUGCAAAUGCUUAAUUUGCUUCUUUUUUUUUUUAAUAUACUAUUCUUCACUUGAUCCCACCAACAUUUUUGACUUUGAGAGAAUGUGCUGUUUUAAAAUUAUGGUGUAUCGGUGACCUAUUUUGAUUUGUAGGCUAUAAUGUGCAACACUAGCCCAUUUGUUUGUUUGGGUGUCAUAACAGUUUGCUUCAUAUGGAUCCUGAACUAAUUUUCCAUAUGAGAUCCCUAUGUCGUGUACAUCCUUUACUGCAAAUGAUUGGUGCCCAUAAUGGGCCCAGGGCAACAGUAAAUGCAACGUGUAUUGUUCCUUUGGGACUAUACAUCCUUACCUUGACAGACCCUCCCAGACAGUCCAUUCUGUGGUUGCUUCCUUUACUGUUGAUUUUAAAGCGAUGUUGAAUUCGUAAAUAUUUGCAAAAUAUCUUCAAUAGCUGCUCCGUGUGGCCCAGAUGGAUAAUCCAAUAUUUUUUUUCUCUCUCUCUCUCCAUUCACUUCCAUUGAUUUGCUUUGGAUGUAAUUCAUUUCCAUUUGAUCAGAGGCAUUUAACCGAUGACGAGUUGAGAUCCCUGACAGUGGUACGUUUCAGUGUUCUGGAAGUUUCAGUGGAAAACGGCCGGUGAAUCUACUCGACGUUGAGAUUUACACUAGUACAGUGAGCGGAAACAUCCCAUUUGUAACAAAGAUAAUGAAACCAGCAAAUGUGAUAAAUUCCCAGGUACCAUUAUUUUUGUAUAGUGUAUGAUUUAUUGUAAUUUGUAAAAAAAAAAAGAAAAAAAAAGAAAAACCCCUCAAAAUUCACCUCAUACAUUUUCCUUGGAUUUCAAGCAAGCUUUUUUUAGGUAGUGAUCCUCAAUGACUGGCUUGGUAUGAAAUAAAGCUGUCUAUUGAGGAUGUUAAAAGAUUUUAUUUUUUAAAGCUGAACAUGUGUACUUCAUUCAGAAGUUUCAUUUUGCGGAUCAAUUUAUGAGGUUUGGUAGUUCAUUUGGCAGGGUGAGACGACUGGGGUACCUCAAGAAGCAGGGUUAGGUGGAUCACUACAAAGACGAUGUGUGUUAUUGUUGACGUGUUGAAUUUCUUUUUUUUUAAAAUUGUUAUUAUUGAUGAACGUUGGAGGCAAUUAAGCAAUCCUACUUUUUGAAACACCUUUGAGUACUUGAUGUUGUGUAGCACACCGACAAGCCCAACCAAGAGCCAACAUUACACGUUUCGGGGUUUAUACAGUUGUACCCGGCCAAUUACCCCACUCUUCCGAGCCGUCCCGGUCGCUGCUGCACCCCGUCUGCUGAUCCGGGGAGGGCUGCAGACUACCACAUGCCUCCUCCGAUACACGUGGAGUCGCCAGCCGCUUCUUUUCACCUGACAGUGAGGAGUUUCACCAGGGGGACAUAGGAGGAUUACACCAUUCCCCCCCAGUUCCCCCUCCCCCCGCGAGCAGGCGCCCCGACCAAGCAGAGGAGGCGCUAGUGCAGCGACCAGGACAUACCCACAUCCGGCUUCCCACCCGCAGACACGGCCAAUUGAGUCUGUAGGGACGCCCGACCAAUCGGAGGUAACAUGGGGAUUCGAACCGGCGAUCCCAGUGUUGGCUACCCGGACGCCUAUUCACGGAGUUUUUAAACAGAGGGACGGUACGACUUAACAGUUUUUAGGCCCAUUUCUUUUUGGCAGUGUCAACAACAGUUGCUAAGUAGUCUGUUCACCCAGCUGGAUGGGGAAAAAAGUGACUGGUAACCUCACAACCUUCAGCUAAUGAAGUUGGUGGCUUAAACGCUCGUGUUUUUGUGUCCAUUCUUGUUCUGAUUUAUACUUUUCGGUUCUUCUUUGGUCCUAAAAAUAGUUAACAGUAGUCUGUAGGUUGAAACGUACAUCAUCCUAUCUUGUAAAAUAUAUUUUCCCUCCUCGUUUGUUGCUUAGUAACUUCUUGAUUAACGAUCAAGAGUUCUGGGAAAACAUCUAUGCAAAUAUAGAUGUCAGCAUUGAGUUUUAACAGUCGGGAAUGUUUGUCUCCUUAACGACUCGGCCAGCUCCACGGAAUUAAACUUAACAUAAACAUAACUGCAUUGUCAUA